UCUGGUACAUUCCGGGCAGCCUCCCAGACCUGGGGAGACCAUGAAGAAUCAGAUGUGGUUGUCACCCCUUAGAAAUCACAGCCAUGCUGCUGUACAGUAUGAGAGCUUUGGGCUUUUGGCUGUCUGGUAAGCAGGGAGAGAUGGCAAACUCUGCCCAACUCCCCUGCUUUGCUUUACCAAAUUAUAAUGCUAUAAACCCAGUUCAGGGACAGGUCCUUGGGAUGGCCCCCACCUAUCACCCAGUGGGCAAGGUCAGGAGACAAACAUGUCAGAGUGACCUGGGGAGGGUUUCCAGAUAUACACCCACUCCACCGCCUCUCUCCCAAGGCUGUCAGCUGAUGGCAGGACCCCUUUGCAGAGGUGGGGGUUGGGGGAAAUACGACAGGUGAAUAUACCCCCCCAUGGCCCUGGUCCCUGAUGCCCGUUCUGACCCUCUCCUACAGGAACACUGCGUAGACGGAUCGUCCCGAUGAUGUCUGAGCAGGUGUCCACGCUGGCUAACCGUAGACCUGUUUUUCAGGUUCACUGUGCCCGGCCCGCUUCGGGACACCAGCCGCUGAGCCCAGAGACCUGCCAUGAAACCACACUUGAAGCAAUGGAGACAACGAAUGCUUUGCGGGAUAUUUACGUGGGGGCUCCUCUUCCUGCUGAUUUUCAUCUACUUCACGGACAGCAACCCCGCCGAGCCCGUGCCCAGCUCCUUGGCCUUCCUGGAGACCAGGAGGCUCUCGCCCGUGCAGGGGAAGCAGAGGGCCAUCAUGGGUGCCAUGCACGAGCCCUCCUUGCCCGAAAUCCUGGACGCGAACAAGGGGCCGCGAGACCUGCCGAAAUGGGCCCGGGCGCAAGCUGGGGUUGAAGGCAAAGAGAUCUUUUCAUCCCAGAUUGGGAGAAAAUCUCAAAGUACUUUCUACCGCGAGGACCACUCCUUUUUGGCGGCCGGUCAGCCGGGGCCUCACAGCCACGCCGGGGGGCCCCCGGAGUCCCUGUCCCGCAGGCGCCCCGGCCGGCGGGAGGGCGCGUCGCCGCUGCACCCGCGCGGCCUGCGCUCCUGCGCCGUGGUCAUGUCCGCCGGCGCCAUCCUCAACUCCUCCCUGGGGGAGGAGAUAGAUUCUCACGAUGCGGUCUUGAGAUUUAACGCUGCUCCAACCCGUGGCUACGAGAGGGAUGUGGGGAACAAAACCACCCUGCGCAUCAUUAACUCCCAGAUCCUGACCAACCCCAGCCAUCACUUCAUUGACAGUUCACUGUACAAAGAUGUCAUCUUGGUGGCCUGGGACCCCGCCCCUUAUUCUGCAAACCUGGACCUGUGGUACAAGAAGCCAGAUUACAACCUGUUCACUCCGUACGUUCAGCAUCGCCAGAGAAACCCAGAUCAGCCCUUCUAUAUUCUCCACCCCAAGUUUAUAUGGCAGCUCUGGGACGUCAUCCAGGAGAACACCAGGGAGAAGAUCCAGCCCAACCCCCCGUCUUCCGGCUUCAUUGGUAGGUGCAUCUGAAGAACCGAAAGGGUGGUGCUCAGGCAGGGCAGGCCUGAUAGGUAAGAAAUGCGCACUCGUGUUUUACAGCAAGAACAGCUAAAAGGUGGUUUUAGAGGGAAAUAGACCAGCUGAGGAAGAGAGAUACAUCUGUCCCUGUUUCUGUUGCUGCGUAGCUACUACGCCAAAAUUCCAAGGUUUAAAGGAAGACCUGCUUUGUUUUCUCUCCGGAUUUUAUGGGUCAGGACAGGCUUGUUGGGGCAGCACUAUUGUUUGCAGGCGUUGAUGGGGGUCCCUUGGUUGCGGUUCAGCUGUUUUAUGGGGCGGCUUCACUCCGUGUCCAGCCCCCUGGCCAGGCCCAGCUGGGACCGCUCACCUGUGGUUGCACCUGGUCUCCCACGCGGUGGUCUCAGGGUAGCUGCACCUCCUGAACGGGCCCUUGGCUAGUGGUGCCAAAGGCGGGAGCUAGAGCUGCCAGUGUCCUACGGCCCAGGCCUGGAGAUGUGCGCAGCAUCUCCGUGCUGCAUUCUCAGGGUCAGAGCGUCCAGCCCUGUCAGCCUCAGGGGGAUGACACACAGGCCUCACCUCAGCCCUUGCUGGUCCACCACACACUCCGAGCACACUGUCCAUAGGAGGCCCGGGGGAGCUGACUGUGGCUACAGGCUGAUGCCAGGUGGGCUCAGGCUCUGAUCAGACUGACUCUAGCACCUUACGCAGCUCUCAACACCAGAGUCCACCAGCUCUAACCCCAAAAUAUAAUUUAUAUAACAGGAUUAUAUCACACGUGGCUUACUAUAUUUUUUUCAGCCAGGCUUUGAUCCUCAAAGUUUGUGGUCUUACCCCAUUUAUUUGCCUGCGUUUCAGCUUAUCGCCCCAUUAUUUCUUUGAUUUCACUGAGUUGGGUAAUGUAAAGCACUUCUUAGAUCUCCUUAGCAAUAUGAAAGCAGUAACAGAACCAAGGACAUUAGUCUCACGCAAAAGAAACUCAUACCCUCCACCCUGAUGUCACUGACUUUAUCACCUGCACCAUGGCUUGGGCUGCACAGUGGAUCCUGUGCUUAGACGGGAUUAAGAAGGCAGGGUUGGUUUGGUCAUAGAUACAAGGGACAUGCACAGUAUCUGAACAGAGACUUGUAGCUUUGGGGUGGGUCUCAGUAUUGUAAUAAUGUGAAUAUUUUAUGCAGAAUUCAAACAAAAUUUACACUAUGACUCUGCAUGUUACUUCCUCAAUUUCUAAAGUCAUGCCUUUGACACUCUUGAGUUCCAAAUCACUCUUUUGAAAUCCCAAGCUCUGUCUCUUUUGUGCAGUUCCAUUGGCUGCUGUUGAUUUAGUGUAUCAGUGAAGGGCGAUAGAAUAAUGCGUAGAUGGCACAUAGGAUUUGACAGACAUUUAAUAACGUCUUUUUCUUACUCUUGUCUUCUUGUGAAUCUAUUUGCCUAAUAUUUGAUUAGAGCAAA